CGACUUUCAACGAGACGGUCGGACUUGGAAGUGAAGUUGCAGCAAGUUUCUGCCACGCGCGCGGUUUUCACCUUCCAUCUGUGGGGGGGCUUCAUUUGACUCUUGGAUUGAUUGGAUUUACUGUUUUUUUUUCUGUGGCGGAAAGGAUAUUUUAAGAGACAUUUCGCGUAUGGUGCUUAAGUUUUUGCUUAUCGGAAUUGAGUUGAGUGUCGUCUAGCAAGUGUCUAGUGGCUGCCAAGCUAAGAAUUGCGCCCGAAUUUUGGGCAGUGAAAUUUGGGGUUACAUUCGAUUGCUGUCAGUCGUUGGGGUGGGGGUGCUCAAACUACGUGUGUUUAGGUGAUUGUGUUUGGAUUAGCUGAUGUUUUGCGGUGAUUAGAAGGAGAAACCCCUAGAAAACGUGUUUUAAAUAAGUGAUUUCACUUAGUUGAAAAACUGUGUAUGAAAUACCCAACCGGAGAUUUACAAAAUAUCAAGUGUAAUUUUUAAUGUAAAGAUGAUAAAAAUAAUUACGUCACAAUCAAGUGCCAGCAAAAUAAUGGGAGUGUUAUAAGAUGUGAUGCCUACAUUGGGUUGGUUUCUUAUUGCGAAAAUAUCGCUCAGUUUCUUGGGGGCCCUCUGGUGAUUAUUGAGUGAAUUUUGGGAAAAGCCAGUGCAAGGGGAAGGCUUGCCAAGAAAAAAAAAGUAAAAUGAGUCGAAAUCGCAACAAAACCGGUACUGGCUCGAGUUCUUCCAGCAAGAAGCAACAGGAUAAUGUGUUCUACGAGGGAAGUUACUCUACUUCCCAGUUGGCUCACGUAAUGAUCAAAGAUUUGAAGUUAUCGUCCGGAAAGAGCUCCAGCUCUUCUCGUCAUCAACCUCAUCGGCAGAAGACCGAUUACACUUCGUACUACGAUAAUCUGAAGUACUAUCAACAGCAACAAUCGUCCGAGCAGAAGCGUUCGAUAGAACCGCCGGAUCUGAUCAAUCAGAUUGUGGCCGAUGCCGCUCGCAAGAAGCAACUGGAGCAACACUCGGCAGUGAGCAGCACCAGCAGCAGUAGUGGGAACAGUAGCAAAUAUCACCAGGUCCGGGAAGCACCGGUCAUUAUCGAUUCCGAGGAUUCCGAUAAUGGGGAUGCCGGCAGUGGUAACGACAGUGCUAGCGACGGGGAGGGUCACCCUGCUACUCACGGUAAAAUGCCGCAGCAGAAGCAAUCGUCCUCCAAGAAGUACGAUAACGGUCAACAGCAGCGGAUUGACACCGUUGAGGAAGUCGAGGCAGACGACGAUGACGACGAGGAAGAAGAGGACGACGAGGACGAGGUACAGUAUCAAUCGGAACAGCAUCAGCAACGUCAACAACAUCAACAGGAUACACCGAAGAAGCGAAACGAGAAAAGUGGUAGCAGUGUUAUCUACAACGGGACCAUCAUCGAUAAGGACGGACUGGAAAUGAUAAAGAUUUCCACCAUCAACACCAAAGUUAAAUUAUGCGAAGACGACAAAGUCAGCAUGGACAACUUUAAAUUGUUAAAAGUAUUGGGAACCGGUGCCUACGGCAAGGUAUUCCUAGUGCGGAAGCUCGGUGGCGCUGACCACAACAAACUGUACGCCAUGAAGGUGCUGAAAAAGUCGACGAUUUGCCAGAAGAAAAAGACAGCCGAACACACGAAAACCGAACGGCAGGUACUGGAGUCCAUCAAGACGUCUCCUUUCUUGGUCACCAUGCACUACGCCUUUCAAACGGACUCCAAAUUGCACAUAAUCCUCGAUUACGUGAGCGGUGGGGAACUGUUCACCCAUUUGUACAAUAAGGAACACUUUACCGAAGACGAGGUGCGGAUCUACAUCGCAGAAAUUAUCGUAGCAUUGGAACAACUUCAUAAGCUCGGAAUAAUCUAUCGCGAUAUCAAGCUCGAAAACAUCCUCAUCGAUUCGGAAGGUCACAUCGUGCUGACCGAUUUCGGUCUGUCCAGGGAACUGGUGUACGAGAACGAACGGGCACACAGCUUUUGCGGUACAAUUGAGUACAUGGCACCGGAGAUUGUCAAGUCUACCCCGAACGGACACGACGCUUCCGUCGACUGGUGGUCGGUAGGAGUAUUGACCUUUGAACUUCUAACCGGUAGUUCACCGUUCAGUUCCGAGGAACCGGCUACCCAGACCGAGAUCUCCAAAAAGAUUACCAACACCGAAGCUAUUAUACCCGAUCAUCUGUCCCGGGAGGCGAAGGACUUCAUCCGGAAGCUGUUGGUCAAGGAUCCACGGCGGCGGUUGGGUGGCGGAUCGGCCGAUGCUUCCGAACUGAAGUCGCACUCUUUCUUCAAAAGCAUAAACUGGCGGCAGCUGGCGGAGAAGAAAAUCGGUGCCCCCUUCAAACCGGUGAUAUCGGACGAGUUGGAUACGAACAACUUUAGUGACGAAUUUACCCGCCAAACACCGGUAGAUACACCGGCUGCGGCGCCACCCAAUUCGGAACGGUUAUUUAGAGGUUACUCGUACGUAUCACCACGUUUACUAUCGAAUAAGGUUGCCGAUAAGAACAAAUACAUGAAAAAUAAAAAUACUCGACCGCAUGAGAGCUCAGUUCGCCGGUUUGUCAGUAAGAGCUCAUCAUUCCACAAACGGUACGAACUAACGUCGGAGCCUGCCAUCGGAGAUGGAAUUUUCUCAACGUGUUUCAAAUGUCGCCGGUUAUCGUCGUCCAGCUCCUCCUCCUCCAACGGAAACCAUAGCAGCAGCGAGAAACGAUACGCCGUCAAGGUGCUCUACAAUCAUCCUGAACCAGCGGGCUACGCGAAGGCCGAAAUUGAAACCCUCAAAGCCUGUCAAGGUCACGCCAAUGUGGUCAGGUUCGUGGAAGUACUCAAGGACUCGCAUCACAUCUACCUGGUGCUAGAACUGCUGGACGGUGGGGAGUUGUUGCAUCGGAUAAACCAGUGCCGGAGCUUUACCGAGAGUCAAGCGCGGCACUAUUUCCGGCAGAUGGUGGAGGCGGUGGCAUUUAUGCAUCAGAAGGGCAUCGCACAUUGUGAUCUUAAACCGGAGAACGUGCUUUUCGUGAGUCCGAAUUCGGAACAUUUGAAGGUGAUCGAUUUUGGCUUUGCGAGGAGCAUAGAGAAUAACAACUGUUUAGUGAAUUCACCUAUAUCGGGCACCUUGGGUUACACUGCUCCUGAAGUGUUUGAAGAAGGUGGUCGAACGAGUAGUGGUUCGCUAGUGGCCGGAGAUUUGUGGUCCUUGGGGGUGAUACUGUACACGAUGUUGUGUGGCCAGGCUCCGUUUACGCCACGACAAUUUUUCGGUCAUCCAAAUCUGGCUUCGUCUGCCAAGCAGAUGGAAAUUAUUAUAGACAAAAUCAGACGAGGGUCGUUCGAUCUCGCUUCGUCGGCUUGGGUGUGUGUGAGUGAAGAGGCCAAAGACUUAGUCAAACGAUUGUUGACGGUGGAUCCGGACCGGAGGCUAACCAUGGAACAACUGUUGGUGCAUCAGUGGCUCGAUUUAAGUAGGACAGCUGGCGUAAGGAGGCAGCUGAAAUUGGUGUACAACCAACAGAGCCUGAGACAACUGGAAGCUAACGUAAGGAACACCUUUGACGCAUUUAAACGAGCCGAGGAGGAAGGAUUCCGGUUACGGGAAGUCAGUCGAGUGAGUGCUACCCAGCGAAGAACCAAUGGUACCAAGUCAAAGAAAUCGACCGAGAGUCAGUACAGCAGUUCCAUGGAAGAGAGCACUUCUAGCGGAAUUGGGCGAAGUAAGUCGAGCAAGAGCAGUUCUAUUUCAGAUAAUAAUCAGCGGACGAUAAGCGUUUCAACGAAUGGUUCCGAGGUCGUGGUGAUAGAUGAAGGAGAGAGUAGUGGUGAGGAAGAGGAAGAAGACGAAGCAGUUGUUGAGGAUGUAAGCGUAGAGAAGAAACAUCAGCAAAAGAAUUUGAAAUCGAUAGAACCUGCUGCGGAGAGUAACAACAAUGACGUGGAUAAGGCUGAGGUUCAAUCAACGGAGGAGCAUGACGAAGAAGAAAUUGAGGAUGCAGUUGAUGAUAUGUUGGAUCAGUUCCUUCAAGGCUAUGAAGAUUGUGCGGAGGAACAAGAAGCAGAAGUACCAUCAGAAUCGGAACAUAUUCAAGAGGAAGAACAGCAAAAAAGAAAAUCGUGUGCGAGUGAUACUAGUAGUUGCACGAUGCCUUUGUUACUUCCUGAAAUACCUGUAGAUCAACCUCUUCCGGUAGUGAUUAUUGAACAAUUGGUAUCAGAAGAAAAGCAGAUCGACUUUGAAGAAGAGAAAGAGGACGACAUUGAUCAAGAAGAGGAUGUUGAAGAAGUAGAAAAGGAAGAGGAGGAACCGGAUGCGGAAGAAGAACCACAGCAAGAAGCCGAUUUGGAUGAUUCCUUCGAUCCUGAGAUUUCGUCAUGUUCGGAAGAAUCUCUGUUGUUCGGACUGCGGGCAUCCUUCGAGAUAGGCUUCGACACGGAUGAUCUGCUCUUCCGUGGGUUCGACGAUGAAGAACUGGCAGCCGUACCACUAAGCAUACGGUUCCACAUACAACCGAUGUUGACGACGACGAUAACGACCACUAAAUCGAAACCGAAGCAACGCAAGCGGAGACAGGAAGUUGAUCUGGAGCCGGUCCGGCAAACAAAACGGCACCGAGCCGCUGUUAGUUAUGUGUAUUGAGUUAGCUCAACUUCUAAAAGUAUAAGUUCGGUUUUGAUUCGAUUGUACAGGAUGUUGUUGUUCGUACAAGGCAAAAGUUUGUACUCAACUCUAUUCAUUACAUUUUUGAACCAUUUUGAUUCAUCAUUUCGAUAUUUAUGUGACAUUUAAGUUUCAUUCUUGUUCACUCAUUGUUUUCCCUUUUACGAUCUAAGUGAUACAUGAUAAUUUUGAACAUAGUUUUUUUCCUUUGAAGGAAAUCUGGUUAUAAUGUCUAAAAACAAAUGAAAAAAAAUUGUUAAGUGCACUUAUUAGACUUGUUAUAAAUUGAGAAGGGCUACGGAAAUGGCACUCAAUGAUGCGUUUGGAGGGUUGCGUAAAUGAAAGCAGGAACUUUUUUCCUACCAAAUAAAUAAAAUAUUCAUUGCUUCCAUGUUUGGUUCAUCAAAAUUUUCUCAUACUAGAAGAUGGUCGCCAAACGUGAGAGGAUGAUGUAUGAUUGCAGAUUUAAUAAAAAGCAUGUAUCGCUGAUUACAAACAAUUCUGCACAAAUAGGUUUCAAACUGAGCAAUCUUGUGAGUUGUGAGAUCGAAUCCCAACCAAUCAAAUCCGAAUGUUCGACAGUUUGAGAAAGUUUUGCUGGGUUAAAAGUCUCGUUCUGUAAAGGAUCAGUUGUGGCGAAUGUUUCGAUUCCGGUGAAGGUGGAUUAUUUAAAGCGAAACCUAAAACUGGACUCCGUCGAAUAUUUUCCUCUGCAAAGUACAAUGAGUUUAUAACCAAUUGGUUCUCCAGUUAUUUGGUUGUGAAUUUCUAAUUUCGAUAUUAUCACUAAUUGUCACAAACUUUAAAAAAUGUCAAACUUUUUCGUGGUUACAGACAAAGAACUAAAUAAGAGCUUUCCAACCCAUAACUCGUCUGAACUAAGUUCAAUUUAAGUAUGAAUGCUUUCAAAUUAUUGAAAUGACUUUCGGGUAACUUAUUAUCCUUCAGACUUAUAAUAACCCUGACUGCGUAAAAUAUCCAACAAAGAACAGUUUCAGUCUCAUUUGACUGAUCACAAUGAAACAAAGGAAAAAAUAAAUCAGUACUAACAUAAAUAGAAACGGAAAAGCAACAAUUAAGGAAAAGUUAUCGCCUUUGAAGGGAACAUGCCUUAUACCAUAUCAGCUCUGGUAAGUGACAAAAUAAAGAUGAGAAAAAAAUCAAUCAACAUCAAAACCAAAUGGCAGGAAAUUACGAUUUGAGUAGUAGGUACAUAAAUCCUAAUCCAGAUGAAACAAUAGAAGCUCACAAAACAACAGCACUCCCUCAUUCACUGUAGUAGGAAACAACUAAAAAAAUGGAUAAAAACCGUCGGAAACUGAAUAUAAGUUUUCUAAGCGGUCGAGGGGGUUGUCCUUUCGAUCAAGCUUUGUAAAUAGAGUGUGCGUGUGUGUGGUUCUUUGAGAGGUAGUUUUUAAAUUUCAUCCUUGAUUUAAGUUUUCUCAAGAGGAAGCAGUUAAAUAAUGUGUUCGUAGUUGCGGCGUACAGGUGACGAAAUUUUCAAUGCAAAACAUGUUAAAAACAAAAUUAGUACUAUGAAAAAACAAGAAAAAAAAUCGUACACGUGUGUGUUAAUGUGAAUAUUAUUUCUAGGCAGUAGGUAGUCACAGCCAAAUAGAGCGAGGAGCAAAACCGGUGAACGCGUUUGCCGAAAGCAAAAACAAACUUAGUAAAUAUGUCUUCAAAGAGCGAUUAAACAAUAGACUUAGUAGAAGGUUACGGGCAUGCAAGUAUCUCAGAGUGUGUAGAUUAUUUUAUCAUAAACUAAUAUAUAAAAACAAACAAACAAAUUAUUCUAAAACAAAAAUACAGCACCAUGGUUUUUAUUAACCUUAAGGAGCCAAACCCCGAUACAUAGAACACCCUCCCUAUAUCAUGGCUAGCAAAUUAAUAUUCUUCAAAAUAUAAUAGAAAAUCUUGUGUACAAUAAGAAGCACAAGAGAUCUACUCAACUGAAGAUGUAUGGAAGUUUUGAAAUGUUAGGUAGCAAAAUUUAGUAGAUACCGGUCGACCAAUUAAGAAAUGAAAAUCAAACAAUUUGUUUUACUACAUAAACUAACCGACAAUGGUUAAUAGUUUUAAAGGCAAACAAAACUCGACAUUUUCACAAAAUUGUCAUAAUCACACAUCCAUACACAGACCCACAAAAAGAUUGUGGCUAGUUUUAAGCUGUAAACUAUCCAAUUUUGACAAUGUUUUGGUGGGAUAUGUAAAAGAAAAAAAAACCUGCCAAACCUUGCAAACAUUGAUUUUACAGAAAACCACAGAAAAAAAAACCUAGGAAAAUAUAGGACAUUAUUAGCAAAAGUUAAAGCAAGUAAGGAGAAACAUACUAAUCCAAAUCCUUAACUGAAUGAAAAAACAUGUUUUGUCUUUGCAUAUACAUACAAUAUAUUACUUACUUAGUUGAAUUGCAGUUGUUUUUUGCUUAGGAUUUAAGCGCGCACUAUCUCGUCUAUUUGUUUUUUAUUCUAUUAAAUAAAUUUUGUAUUGAUGCUUUCCUUUCUUAGAUUUUUAGUACCACCAUUAUAAUUAUUGUCAUUAUUACAUACCAACUAUUACCAGGCGUCGUUCUAUUUGCUUAGUUCUAUCCGAGUAACGUUUGAAUGCAUAAUAUAUAUACCUACCAAAGGAUUAAAAGUCCGAGAAUGAAGAAAUCGUAAGUCGGCUACCCGAUUGUGUGUGUCGAGCAUUAACAAAGAUAGUAGAAGCAAACAAAAACAAAAUUAUAUUAUUUAAAAAUGCAUAUAUACUAUUAAAUAUGAAACCAACCAACCAACCAGAACAACAAUAAAAUUUCUGAAAAAAAUACUAC